UGAAAGUCACAUGUCCAUACAGUUCUAGGGAGGUUCGGCGCAGAUUGUUGAGGUUGGAAAACAUUAGGGAAUGGCGGCGUUUAAAUGUAUAUUUAUUCCAAUCAUGAGCAUGGGCACUACAGUACAUGUGACUCGGUAAAACGAUGCAUUGACUAUUUAUAGCAACUGCCUUUAAAACGCGAUCACCACUGGACCUAAUCAAGCAUGGAAAUCUAUGGAAAUGCAUCGUUCGCUGAUAUCCUCCCUCAUCAGGGAGUAGUUGGAAUAGCAAAGGGACUGAAGCAGUUUUGAUCGAAAUAACACUAUUUCUAAGGUUUUAUCAAUAACUUUUUAAAGAGAAAAAAUAACAUUAUACUUUACCAAAUUUUGCUAAUAUUUGUUACAGCUGUUACCCAAGUUGAUUAUUUGGGUCUCGUUGGUGAUUAAAAUUCACUUUUUUAGCGAGUUUUGUUUUAAGAUUUUAAAUAUGGCGGUUUAUCCUGAAUUAUAGCAAAUGAAUAGAUAGCCUACAUGUAGCAAUAUAAAUGUUUUGAAGGUAUGUUUGCGUAAAAGUUUUUAUCAAGUUUUAAAAGACCACCGAAGAUGAGUUCGUCCUUGGCCCCAGCUAUUCGCCUUGUCACGUCCUUCUCGAGAGAUAGUUGUUACAGAUACUACACCCUCUUUCUCACUUUCAUCUUUUACACCAGUUAUCAUCUUUCCCGCAAACCUAUCAGCAUCGUCAAGAGUGAGUUGCACAGAAACUGUUCGACAGUCAUUCGCCCAGCAAAUCUCAACAUCACCGACAAUGCCAAUUGGUGUGAUUGGGUACCCUUUGACAAGGACAAUUACCAGACACUUUUUGGAGCUUUGGACAACUCAUUUCUGAUUGCUUAUGCCGUUGGCAUGUUUUUCAGUGGGAUUUUUGGAGAGCGUCUGUCCUUGCGGUACUACCUAUCCACUGGGAUGAUCCUUAGUGGCCUCUUUACUUCUCUGUUCGGUCUGGGAUUCUACUGGAAUAUCCACUCCAUAUGGUACUAUGCCUUUGUCCAGGCCAUGAAUGGACUGGUGCAGACGACAGGCUGGCCUGCAGUGGUGGCCUGUGUUGGGAACUGGUUUGGAAAGGGGAAACGGGGCUUAAUCAUGGGCGUGUGGAAUUCCCACACCUCAGUGGGCAACAUUCUUGGAUCCAUUAUCGCCGGCCUCUUUGUGUCCUCGGCCUGGGGCUUGUCCUUCAUUGUUCCUGGCAUCAUCAUGGCUUCCACAGGAGUGCUCUGCUUCUUGUUCCUGGUAGAGAACCCUGAAGAUGUCAACUGCAGUCCUCCUCAGCACUAUAAGAACACUGAGAAUGAGCCCAGCUUGCACACUUCCAGUAAUGAGGAGAUCUUCAGCAGCCCCUCAUCGAGCUCUGCCACCACAGAGGCCCCGGAGGAACACACACAGGCUAUCAGCUUCUGUGGAGCACUGAGGAUACCUGGUGUGGUUGAGUUCUCUCUGUGCCUGAUGUUUGCUAAGCUGGUUAGCUACACUUUCCUGUACUGGCUGCCUCUCUACAUUGCUAAUGUUGCCCAUUUUGAUUCCAAAAAAGCUGGUGACAUGUCAACACUAUUUGAUGCUGGAGGAAUUUUGGGGGGCAUCAUAGCUGGGCUAGUGUCAGACUACACUGGAGGCAGAGCCACCACCUGUUAUGUCAUGUUAAUAUUGGCUGCCCCCAUGUUGUUUUUGUAUAAUCAAGUUGGACAGAACAGCCUUGGAACCACAAUUGGUACGCUGCUCUUGUGUGGAGGCCUGGUGAAUGGUCCCUAUGCCCUUAUCACCACCGCUGUGUCGGCUGACCUGGGAACACAUGAAAGCCUCAGAGGAAACUCGAGAGCGCUGUCAACGGUAACGGCCAUUAUUGACGGCACAGGAUCAAUAGGUGCUGCUAUAGGGCCUUUGUUAGCUGGUGUGAUAUCUCCAACUGGAUGGAAAAACGUCUUCUACAUGCUCAUCACGUCUGACAUCCUUGCAUGUUUGCUUCUUACUAGAUUGGUGUACAAGGAGAUCAAGGGUUGGUGUGGACACACCCCCAGGCAACGAGGAUACAAAGAAAUUUGAAUCCUGCUCUUGCCUACUGACCAAAUCUGGAAGGAAGGAUGCA